AGAAGACCCGGUAGAGCGCGAGGAGGGUGAGCGAGAGAGAGAGAGAGUGAGAGAGAGAGAGAGAUCGAGAGUGAACGAGAGGAGAGAGAGCGACGACCGUCAGGGUCCGGGUGCCUGAGGGACGGACGACACGGAGAGGGGGAGGACUGAGUGCGUGAGUGAUCGUCCGACCUACCGACAGACAGAUUGAAUGAAGCUGCACCUGGUGCUUCUGAGGGCCUUUCCCAUGUUUUGAUUUGUUCCAUUUUUCUUUUUUUUUUUUUUUUUUUUUUUAAACUUUGUUCACUUGGUUUCACCGAGCCGCUCCUUGCCAUGCCGUCCAACAGUCCUGCUGCCACCGAGCCGCCCCAGACACCAGAGAACGACAACUCCAAUGAUGUGAGUGAAGAUGGAGCAGACCAGGACAGUCCAGAGGAGGGGACGCCAGCGAGCCCCCGCAACAAGCGCAGAGUGGGCCGUCCUGGCAGGAAACGCAAGCAGCUGCUUCCUGAGAUGGCGACCUCUGACCCCUGUGCAAAUGCCCCCCCAACCCCGCCUGAGGAGCCGGAGGCCUCCCCCUCCCCUCGCAAGAAGCGCGGGCGUCGGAAACUAGAGCAAACCGAGAGGAAUAAGGACGAGCCAGACGACAGAAACUGCGACUCCCCUAGAGAGGGUGAGACUGGGAGACUGCGGAGGAGGCCAGUCCCCAGAGUGACUUUCCAGGCUGGCGACCCGUACUACAUCAGCAGGAGACAGAGAGAAGAAUGGCUCAGCCGCUGGAAGAUGGAGGCAGAGCGGCGGGCGUACAGAGAGGCAGAGAUAAACAUGAUGGACGACCUAUCAGAGGCUGACUUUCAAAAAGAGGAGGAACCGGCCAGCCCAGCCCCUCCACCCUCACAACAACACACAGACCCUGCCUCACCGACAGUCGCCGUGACGCCAGAGCCGGUCGCCAGGGGAGACCAGGCUACACCUAGCGAGAUAGAGUAUCAGGAUGGCCGGGGCUUCGGCAUCGGCACACUGGUGUUCGGGAAGCUGCGAGGUUUCUCUUGGUGGCCCGGCAGGAUCGUUUCCUGGUGGAUGAGCGGCCGGAGUCGAGCUGCUGACGGCACUCGCUGGGUCAUGUGGUUUGGUGAUGGCAAGUUCUCUGUGGUUUGUGUGGAGAAGCUGAUGCCUCUGAGCUCGUUCUCAUCUGCCUUCCACCAGCCCACCUACAACAAGCAGUCCAUGUACCGGAAAGCCAUCUUUGAGGCUCUGCAGGUGGCCAGUGUGCGGGCGGGGAGGCCAGUCCCUUCCUGUGAUGCGAGUGAUGAUGCAGAUGGUGUGGACAUUCAAACCAGACAGAUGAUAGAGUGGGCCAUGACCGGCUUCCUGCCCAGCGGGCCACAAUCACUGGACCCUCCAGAAGAGGAGCAGAAUCCAUAUAAAGAAGUGUACCCGGAGAUGUGGACAGAGCCUGAGGCAGCGUACACGCCUCCACCUGCAAAGAAACCACGCAAGAACUCCGCCGAGAAAGCAAAGAUCAGAGAGGUGAUCGACGAGGGGACCAGAGAGAGACUUAUAUAUGAGAUCAAAAAGAAGACCAGGAAUAUAGAAGAUAUCUGUAUCUCCUGCGGAAGCCUCAACAUCUCUCUGGAGCAUCCUCUCUUCAUUGGAGCGAUGUGCCAGGGUUGCAAAAACUCGUUCCUGGAGUGUGCCUACCAAUACGACGAUGACGGCUACCAGUCCUACUGCACCAUCUGCUGUGGAGGCAGGGAAGUGCUCAUGUGUGGCAACAACAACUGCUGUAGGUGUUUCUGUGUGGAGUGUGUGGAUCUGUUGGUAGGAGCCGGCUCGGCGGCGGCGGCCAUCAAAGAGGACCCCUGGAACUGCUACAUGUGUGGACCCCAGAACACCUACGGUUUGCUGCGACGACGGGACGACUGGCCCUGCAGACUACAACACUUCUUCGCCAACAACCACGAACAGGAAUUCGAGCCAGCCAAGUUGUAUCCUCCAGUUGCGGCAGAGAAGAGACAACCAAUCAGAGUCCUCUCUCUGUUUGAUGGCAUUGCCACAGGUCUGCUGGUGCUGAAGGAUUUGGGCAUCCAGGUGGACAAGUACGUGGCGUCUGAGGUGUGCGAAGACUCCAUCACUGUCGGCAUGGUUCGACACCAAGGACGCAUCAUGUACGUGGGAGAUGUACGCAACGUAACCCGCAAACAUAUCGAAGAGUGGGGACCAUUUGACCUGGUGAUAGGAGGAAGCCCCUGCAAUGACCUCUCCAUAGUCAACCCUGCACGGAAGGGCCUUUACGAGGGAACCGGCCGGUUGUUUUUCGAGUUUUACCGUCUGCUGCACGAGGCUCGACCAAAACCAGGCGACGAGCGGCCAUUUUUCUGGCUGUUUGAGAACGUUGUCGCUAUGGGAGUCAGCGACAAACGGGACAUCUCUCGCUUUUUAGAGUGUAAUCCAGUGAUGAUCGACGCCAAGGAAGUCUCUGCUGCCCACCGGGCUCGCUACUUCUGGGGAAACCUGCCAGGCAUGUCCAGACCUCUGACACCAAUGGCAAAUGACAAGCUGGACCUACAAGAGUGCCUCGAGCACGGACGCACAGCCAAGUUUGAGAAGUUGCGUACGAUAACGACACGCUCCAACUCUGUGAAGCAGGGGAAAGACGAGCAUUUCCCCGUCUACAUGGACAACAAGGAGGACAUCCUCUGGUGUACCGAGAUGGAAAGGGUGUUUGGUUUCCCCGUCCACUACACUGAUGUGUCCAACAUGAGUCGUUUGGCCAGGCAAAGGCUGCUGGGACGUUCCUGGAGCGUUCCCGUCAUCAGGCACCUCUUCGCCCCGCUCAAGGAGUACUUCGCCUGCUACUAGUCACACACCAACUCUCUCUCUCUCUCUCUGUCACGCACACACACACACACACACACACACACACACACACACAGACAUACACACAUGCAGACACACAUAAACAGUAUGUAAUGACAGACACACACAGUUAACUACACACAGUGUACAGCAAGUACAUGAAGGUUGGCUGAGGUAGGAUGACACAGAUGACCGGACACACACACUCACACACACACACACGCACAUACAAACACACACUGUAAAGAACUGCUUCCCUAGAUCCCAUGUAGACCACUGGCUGACCUUAGUCCCCUGGUGCUACCUUGCUGAUUUAAACACACACACACAUACAAACACACACACACACUGGUGCAGGGUUUCUGUACUGUAUAUCUUCACACACAAACUUCCUGUCCGACCUUGAAACUGAUGUCUUCUGGCUUUACUGUGUUGUGGUAGCUGGAAUUCAAACCUCCAGGGGGCGCAAAACUGACAAAGAUGCCCUGAGUUUUUGUUUUUAAGAUCUCUCUGAAUACAUCAACACACCAAUGAGUCCCUUUGAACCGUAACACUUAACUGUAUUCAUGCGUAGUGACAGUUCUGCUGGUGUGUUACAGUGUAAUGAACACAAAUACAUACACAAACACACACACACACAGACACACACAAACCAGUUAAUGCUCGUGGUGCUGGUCAGGCAGUGAUAGAGUCCAAAUGGUGCCACUUUAAUACAACACUUUUACAGUUUUUGGUGCUCUUGGAGACUAAACGGUCUCUGGUUGUUUCAGUCGCUGGAGUUUUGUGUCCCUAACUGAGUCAAACCAAACGAUUACAAGCAGGUGGAGGCAACGCCGGCUAAGAGAGGUGAUCGAGAGUUUAGUGUGUUUAGUAUGCAGGGCAGCAUCCUAAGACAAACCAAGGCAGACGGGAUUGUUAUGAAGUCUUUUUUAACGUGACUGCAACUGCAUAAGUUUGAUUUUUGUUCUGUGUCUUGGAGGAAAUGCUGCUCUGGAAGUUUAAAUCUCAGUAAUUGAGUUAAACCUCAGUGGUCUGAGACAAAAAAAAGACCAAAAAAGGUUUUUACCUUCACCCGAGGAAGACUACUUUUAGCUGUGUAUCAGUGACAACAUGAAAUACUGAAAUUAAACGAGUGAUUACAAUAGAUGGUACAUAAUCUAGAAAAAGAUAAGAGACAAGACAUAUGGAUGUCUGCGUGUCUUUGCGUGGAAAGACAUGGAACUGUCAACAAUAAAGAGUAAAAACAGUACAGGAGUGAAUGACAAGGCCACACGCUCAUGUUGGGGUAAAAUCAUCCUUUCUGUUUGUUUCACAGAGUUAGUGUUAGAGGUCGCUGUAUUAGAAUAUUGUGAACAUAAUGAAGACAAAGAGUAAAGUCAGCUUUUAUACUAAGUACUCAGCCAUUCACAGGCCUCUUUCUCAAAUAUUCAUAUACAUAUAUAUAAAAAAAACAGAAUAUCGCUGCAUGUGUCUUAGUUGUCAGGAACUACAUCCACUAUUAGGUUUCACACAACAAGCACUUGUGUGCUUUCUUAAAACUUCGUACUGUUUUAAUUACUGUUACUGUUUUUUUGGAAUAUUUAUAUACUACGGUUAGCUAACGCUUUGGUGAAUAUGCUGUGAAAAAUUGUACACUAGUAGCAUUUUAACGAUGGGUGUAUUUCCUCAUGUUUAGUAACAUCUGUAAAAGUGCUGUUGUAAUGCAUUGAUUACUGUUAACUGUUGCUCAAACGACUGUGAUGUUCAUCUUAAUGGUGCGAAAUUGGAAUAAUACUCUAUGUCGGUUGUCUGAUAGUGGCUGUAGCCAGAGGUGGCUUACAUUAGGUGUUUGGUCUCAAAGCUGAGGUUGGAUGUUACAGUUAAUGUCUGAAUGGUCCCAGUAAAAAUCCCUGGAGAGCUGAUCAGGUGGUGGUGUGCGUCAUAACUCUGUACCAGACCUCGGCCUAUGUAAUGGGAUCAUGUCGUAAAGUUUGCAGUGACAAAGGACACUAUCUUAAGCCUACAAUAGUCUCGUCCCGAAAAGCAGUUACUGUAUACUGUGAAUCAACAAUAUGAGGUGAUUUUUCCUUGUAGCUUGUUUAACUUUGGCACGGCUCCGUUUGUUUUUACCCAUCAUGAGCGUGGCUUUGAUUUUAUAUAACACACUAUGCAUUGUCAAAAUAUGAAAAAAAUAAUAAUAAUAAUAAAUUAACCCUAACUGCUAACCCCUGUGCUCCCUUCCAUAGCCCACAUUUUCUCCCAUACCCAUUUCUAGACUAGCUGAAGUGGGUUGUUUUCAACCUGUUCUGACAAAACCUUUGUGUUUUUUGUCGAAUCCAGAAAUAUUUGAAUCUUUGGCUCCUUCCAAUGAGGUUUAACUCAUCCAGUGAAUUUAUUCCUUCCCCUGGAGCAGCUUUCUCUCUGAGCAAUGUUUUAAAUCAAAUUCGAGCUUGUUAAGGUCCUUUGUCGUAUACAGGGAGGUCAAAGAUAGCAACAGUUCACUUUAACAGGAUGGAGAGUGAAGGAAGUCAGCGGGGGAUUACGCUUGAACCCUUCCAGUUAUCAUACAGCGUCUCUUGAGCCUCAGCCCCAGUGUUGCCCUUUUGUGUCUGGUGAUGAAGUUAAAAAAGUGACCAGCAAACCAGCCCUUGCAGUUACGCUCCUACUUUGCUUCAUAGGGAUCCAAAAUGUGCUCCAUUAAUCGUAUCACAGCGACAUCCACUGAAACCAGAGGCAGAACUUUUACUCUGCAGACACUAUGCUGGUUUUCUACUUCCUACGACUGAAACAGAUGGCCCUGUAUAAAUAACAGAUACUUCCUUACACGGCACAGAUGUAUGUCCUGUCUUGGGUGUUUCUUCUGCCUUUUGAUGCCCAAUGCAUGCUGGGAUAAACUCAGCCCCACCUUGACUUUGAAUAGGAAUAGACUGGUAAAGAAAAUGGUUUGUCAUCAAGUGCGGCGGAUGUGUAAUAAAAUGUUUCCAAGUGUCUGAUCCACACAGACGCUAUGUGGAAGCGUCCUUGUGUACUGAUGUAUGUUUUAUUUAGACAGGGCUGUCUUUGGAGAAAAAAAACAUCUCUUUCAGUCUGGUGCUUUUGGUCCUCAGACGACCAUCUUUUUCCAGGAAGCCUUCCGAUCCUCUGACCUUCCUCAGAUACCAGCUAUCAACUGGACACAUGCAGUCUAUACACACACACACACAAACACGCACACAUGCACGCAAACAGUAACACACACCAACAGUAAACCAGCAGGUUCAAAGUGUUUUUCCAUCAUGUUUACUCUCCGUUUAUACAACCAACCUUCAGGUGCUUUUUAAACUCUUUUUUACAGUGCUCUUGCAGGUCGCUCAUACACACACACACACACACACACACACUUUGCUGGAAACACGGUGCCGUCUCUCUCAUGCUUCUCUAAACUCCUUUCGCUACAAAAGACAUCACUAACACACCCGCGUGCACACAUACAAGCAUACACACUGUGUUCUUGCCGGCCGCCUGUUGCCAUCAGGCUUCCCAUGGCGCCGCUGGGUGUGACAUCACACGCCUACGUCGCUUGGUGCUCCCAACCCCCCACCCUGCCCGCCACCCCACAUAAAUCCCUCCCAGCGCCCCCACCCCAACCCACCCCACCCCCAGGUGCUGCAUGUCAGUCAGUCAGUGUAAUCUCCGAUUCCAUGUUAGAUUAGGGAGUAAUGAUAAUAAAAAUAAUGGUAAUAAUAUUACAAUAAUAAUCUGUUAUUGUGUGUGUGUACUGUUCCAGGUUGGUGCUCAGUUCAGUUCAGUCUCAGCCUAGAGGGGAGAGAGAGAGGCUGGAGAAAGCAUAUAUUACAGUUAGUAUAGUGACUUGUUCUAUUGUAUCCAAGGAUGCCAGAAGAAAUUGUUUAAGGGAUGAGCUACAGGACACUCUCAAACAGGAGACGAGUUGAAAUAACACCAAACAUAGUGUGAAACAGGUGGAUGAGGCAGGUUGAGAUAUAACUAUAAAUUACAACAACUUCAUCAGUAAAUAACCAGAAAUCAUGGCUAAUUGGAUCAAUAGGAAGUUUGUUUUUUUUAAGGGAAACCCAAAGUUACCACUGGUUCCCAAAGAAGAAGAAGUCUGCGACACAAAAAUAAGUCAGCAUUGUCUUAAUUAAUUGUUUGGUCUGAAAAAGUACCUACCACAAGUUCCCCAAGCCACACACCAGGUCUUCAGAUUCAGUCUUAUAUUGUCUGACUAACAGUCAGACAAUAUAAGUCAGAGUCAGAGCUGGAGCUUAAAAAACUGUUAAUGCAUAAUCAAAAUUGUUGCUUGAUUUGCUAUCGCUCCACUAAACGAUUAAUUGAAUAAUCAUUUCACCUAUAGUUUUACCCUCCCGUACUUCUAAAAGAACUAAAAUCAUACAAAUGAAACUAUCUGAAAAGGGAAAACUUCAGUUCUAAGUAUUUGGCUUUGUUUUGUUAAUUUGCACAUUAAAAUCAAACAAAUGAUGCACAAACAACAAUGAAAAUUAAUGUGCAGAGAGAUGAAAAGGUCCAAAAGGUCUUAUUGAUUAACUCUCUGUAAAAUAUAAAUAAGCUAUGACAGUGGUUCACGACCUUUCCAAAGAGUCCUAACAUAAAUCUGAGGGGUCACAAGAUGAUUAAAGGGUUAAAGAAACAAAUCUGUCACAGAAAAGGUUUAGUUUCUGUUGAUUUUACUCAUAUUUCUUGCUUUUUAUGUCAGAUACUCUGACAAUAAGACAAAUACAGCAAACAAACUCACGAAUGUCGGAACCAGAUGCGAGGGUUCACAAGUACAGAUUGCCUAACUGUCACAAGCCAAAAAGGGUGGAAUUACUGUGUUAUAACCUACAAAAAACCAAAUUAAAACUAUAAAAUAGAGAUUUAAGUCUAUUUUCCUCUGCAAGUUUAGACCUCAGUACUUCAUCUGGUCAGAAACUGACCUUUGCUUGAGAAAUGCCAGGGAGGAUGAAGUUUAGAUGACAGGUUUCCUGAAUCUGUGAAUGAAUUUGAAAGACGUGAAAUUGUCUUGCAGAUGUCCCUCUUUGAGUUUUAUCUUGUAAAUAAAAGUAUGAAUUUGGAAAACAUGAAUGUAAUAGAUUGUAAGAGGCUGAGUUUCCUGUAAUAGGGAACAAAAACCAAAAAAGUUGGGAACCACUGGCUUCUUUUUCUGCUCUUUUUUUUUUUUGUCUAACAACAGAAGUGGUGUCAUUUCAAUAUGUAUCUGUUUGAGAGUGUAGUCAGAAAAAAAGUGUGAUGGAUGGAAUUGAUAUUUUUAACUGAUGGGUGACACGGUGAUGAUGUUUCUGUUCGCCUAUCGACAGCUUUUAGGCUGAGUGAUGCGCUGUUUUAAACACUGAUACACUUACAAACAAAUCCACACAAAACACUGUUAUUGACACAGAGAGCGAACGACGCUCAGACGCAGAGAUACAUGCACAACACCUACAAAUACAAUGCUGUGGCGCAUGCAGACACUCAUCUCAUGGACUAAAUGAAAGAUGAGCUUUUAGGAAAAGGAGGACCUGGUGGUGUUUCAAAAGGUGCUAAAAUUUUAUCUGAAAAUAAGAAAAAUAUAUUGUUAGGAAUAUAAAUCAAGUUUGUCUUUACAAUGACUGUAUUUAAGUUUGUCGUAGUAAUGAAAAGGCACUAUUAUUAUUUUACUCUUGUAUGAAUAUGAACUAAUUAAAAAGGCAUUUUAACUUUGUACUUGAACAAUGUAAGAAAUGAACCGUGAAUAAAAAAGGACUGUUUCUUGUGA